AUGUCGUCACGUGAACCUCCCUGGCGCAACGAGCGCAAUCGCCUUCCCCAACGCAAUGCGCCGUCAUCGUCCAUUCCAGCGAAGCGGUCAGCCGACUCACGAGCACACGACAACCCUGCGAAACGAUCGACAAACGCGGCAGAGGAGGCGUGGGUGGCAGAUGAAGAUCGCUUCGUGCUGCAGCAGGCCAAGAAGAAGGCGGCACUGCGCGUCAAGGGCGGGCGGGCGCGACCCAUCGACUGGCUGGCCGUCACGCUGCGCUUUAUCGAUCCCACGGAGAAGUCGAUGCUGGACGAGGAGGUGGAAGACCACGAGCUAGACAUAGUCGAUCCGGAAGGUGUGCUGGAGGGUCUCAAUAAUGAAGAUCUCGCCGAGCUGGAAAAGGAGAUUGAGAACUACCUCACGCUCGAGACGAGCAGGAGUAAUCGCGACUACUGGAAUUCCCUCAAAGCAAUCUGCAAAGACAUCCGCCGCAAGUCCAAAUCCUCCAAGUCCGAAGCCCGCGGCACCAGCUCCGUGGCCGCCGACAUCGAUCAGCUGCUCUCCCCAAAGACGUUCGAACAGCUGGAGACGCUAGAGGUGCAGGUCAAGAAGAAGCUCGAUUCGGACGAGCCAAUCGACUACGACUACUGGGAACAGUUGCUGCGGAGUCUGCGCGUGUGGAAGGCCAAGGCGAAGCUGCGGCGCGUCUCGCAGGAGAUUGUCCGGGAGCGAUUGCAGACAUUGCGCAAGCAGCAGGCUGACGCCGCUGCAUCUGUCCAGAACAGGAUAUACGCUAUGCUCAACGGCACCGAUGAGGCGAGCGAGGCGCAGCCAACGACUGUCGAAUACGAUGCAGCCUUCGAUCCCCAACCCCUACUGAAGCUGCGCGCCGAAGACAAGGCGCUACCACAGACGGAUGAGAAAGCGUUCCUGGAGAGUCUGGCCACCGAAAGGGGAAAGAUCAAGAAGAUUGGCUAUGUGCCGUCACAGGCCAAAUCCAGCGAUCCAACCACCACCAGCAGUCAGCCCACGACGAGCCAGACGGUAACGACGAGCGCCUCACGAUUUGCGCCGGUCGAGAAAGAAGACUACUCCAAGGCAACCAUGGCGCUAUACGAGAGGGAAGUCGCGCGAGGCGUGGAGGAAGGCGAGGAAAUCUUCACCGCGGAGGAGGAAGUCACGACCGCCCGGCCCCAGUGGGCUGGCAGCUACAAGCCCCGGAAACCCCGCUACUUCAACCGUGUGCAGAUGGGCUAUGAAUGGAACAAGUACAACCAAACGCACUACGAUCACGACAACCCCCCACCAAAGGUCGUGCAGGGCUACAAAUUCAACAUCUUCUACCCCGACCUCAUCGACAAAUCAAAAGCACCCACCUACAAGAUCGAACGGGAGAACGGCCGCAAAAAGGGCCAGUCCUUCGCUCCGGCCGGUGAAGACGACACGUGCCUCAUCCGGUUCAUUGCCGGCCCGCCCUAUGAGGAUAUUGCCUUCCGCAUCAUCGACAAGGAAUGGGACUACAGCGCCAAGAGAGAACGUGGGUUCAAGAGCAGCUUUGACAAGGUACGUCCGCUCUUUCCCUACUGGGAACCAACCAUCUCCCUACGUACUAGCUACGUGGCUAACGCAAUGCAGGGCAUCUUGCAACUCCACUUCCAAUUCAAGAAGGUAUGUCAAGAUCGCAUGACCGGAACGGCAUCACACUGGCAUCACACUAACAUCGUGGCAGAUAUACUAUCGAAAGUAGCUAAGCCUCCUUUGGGUGACAUGGACGCUUCACAGCCUACCCCGCUGUACCUGGCCCCUCUUAACCAAACGGCGCGAUAG